AUGUUCCAGAUACUGACCUCCUGCUGGCCUUGUGUAAAGGCAACUGAAGAGACACGAAGGAAUGUGACCAUCAUUAUCAUUGGACUGGACAACUCAGGCAAAACUGUUCUUGUGGAGGUGUUCCAGAGACUACUCCCCAGUAGGAUGGGCGGUUGUAUGAAACCUGAACUGACCACAGUCCUGCUGGAUGAUUAUGAAGUUUCCAUCUACGACCUGAAUGGAGACAGUAAGGGCCGAGAAAUCUGGCCAAACUACUACGCGCAGGCACAUGGACUUAUUUUUGUCCUGGAUUCCAGUGACUCAACGCGCAUGCAGGAAGUGAAGGUCAUCUUACCACGCCUGCUGUCUGAUGAAAGAGUGGCCGGGAAACCCAUCCUAUUCCUGGCCAACAAGCAAGACAAGAAGGACGCCUUGCUACUUCGUAAUAUUACUGAAUAUCUGCUGCUGGAAAGGCUAACGAAGAAGAACCAGUCCCCGUGUCGAAUCGAGCCCUGUUCAGCCAUCAGAAACCUCCAAAGAAGGAACCCUGAGCCUAUAAUUGGAAGCCUGCGCUGGCUGUUAUCUGCCAUUGGGGAUAAAUAUGAAGAGCUGUGUGCUCGCCAACAGCCACUCCCAUCGAGCAUCCCAGCCUCCAAGGGCACCACCAGAGGCUUUGGGGAAAUACGCUCACCAGACAGCUUCACUACCAGGAUGGGAAACUCCAAAGAAAAAAGACAGUGCCUAGGACAACACUCAAUGGAACCUAAGCCUCUAAAGCCAAUCCUACAGAAAGAAGGUGUAAGAAUAAGACCUAAAAAGAACAUAUCAGUAACAUUUGCUUUAGACGAACCCGAAGAGGAGCAUGAGUGUUAUGGGGGAAAUGGAGCUCGUAACACCACUGAGCUUUGCUACAAUGAGAGCCCCCAGCUCCAUAUGCCAAGGAAAUCUUUUUGA